CGCCACGAACGCGUCUUGCGCGUGAGGGGAAGAGGAAAAGCUAGCGAAAGUGUGCGCGCAAGUGCAGAAGCAUAAAACGUCUUCCAAGAACCCUGUUCUCGCAUUUAUCCUUUCCUCCAGUCAAUCCGCUCAUCAAGCAAAGAUAACGUCUUAGUCAGCGCGUUUCCUUAUCAAUCACACCUCACCUUCCCCAAAAUGCCAAGCGCCGGCGACGCUCCUCCGAUCCUCGACUUCUCGGCCUUCUAUAGCGGCGAUGCGGCCGCGAAGCAGAAGCUCGUAGACGACGUCCGCAAUUGCUGUCUGCACAAUGGCUUCUUCCAGAUCACCGGGCACCCUGUGCCGCUGGAGCUGCAGCAGCGUAUUAUGGACUGGAACAAGAAGUUCUUCGACUUGUCGCUUGAGCAGAAGAUGGAAGUCAGCAAAGACACGACAAACUCCUGGAACCGCGGCUACGAACUCCUAAAAUCCCAAAUCCUCGAAGAAGGCACCCUCCCCGAGCUAAAAGAAGGCUUCUACAUCGGCGCCGAGAUCCCGAAAACACACCCCUACUUCGUGCACAAGAAGCUUAACAGCGGGCCCAACAUGUGGCCCUCGGCCGCCGCGCUGCCCGACGUCGCCGGCUUCCGCGCCACCGCCAUGGACUACUACCACCGGGUCGUCGACCUCGCCGCGGACAUCCUCCGCGUGCUGGCGCUGACGCUGGACCUGCCGGAGCGCUGGUUCGACGACUUCGUGCAGGGCGCGGUGGCGACGAUGCGGCUUCUGCAUUACCCGUCGCAGCCGGCGGACAGCCCGGCGAAGCUGACGCGCGGGAUCGGCGCGCACACGGACUUCGGCACGAUUACGCUGCUGCUGCAGGACCGGGUUGCGGGGCUGCAGGUGUACGAGCACGCGACAGGGGAGUGGCUGGACGUGACGCCGACGCCAGGCGCGUUCGUAGUGAAUCUGGGGAAUCUGAUGAUGCGCUGGAGUAACGACCGGUAUGUCUCGAAUCUGCAUCGGGUGAUCAAUGUCAGUGGCGAGGAGCGCUAUAGCAUCCCCGUGUUCUUCUCGGGCAAUCCGGACUUUGUGGUGGAGUGUCUGCCGAACUGCAGGAAGGAGGGCGAGGAGGCCAAGUACCCGCCGAUCACGGUGGAGCAGGCGGUGCUGGGCGGGUAUGCGGAUAGUUAUGGGAGAGCGGAGAAGUUCAAGAAGGAUGCUGCUGCAAAGGCUGCACAGGCAGCCGAGGUCCCCGCCGCGACGGAGGUAACGGUUGCAUAGGUACGAAGUUAUGUAUACUUCAUCUAGUCUGCUUCCCCGUAUCACCGUACUAUGCCAAUGAGUAUUUGGUGUGGGCAU